UUCCUGGUUAGGAGUGAAUUACCAGCUCAGAGUCCAAGAAUUCGUUUUCUGCAUGAAUGACACUAAACAUUAUCUUCACUGCUUAAAAGGUUUUUAUACCAUUUCCUUUUGAUAAUUAAUCCUUAUGUUGUUGUAGAUUGCUUAUUUCAUAAUCUUAUUUCUCAGGAAGACAUCGUCCAUCAAUCCCAAUUCUGCACUUACAGCACCAAGUUUAUGAGCGACAAGGAAUGUACAGUUUUUGUCAUUGAUUUGGGUGCUGACAUGGGUGACUGCCACCAUGGCAGACAACAAACGGACUUAGAAUGGGCUUUGUCGUAUUUUCAGGACCAAAUCUCGCGCAAGCUUCUUCUAAACAAAAAAACCGACGUAAUUGGAAUCGUGACAUAUAAAUGUGAUGAAACAAAGAAUGACUUAGCGGAGCAGGAAGCUUACUGGAAUAUAAAUGUUCUGUAUCCAAUUCAAACGGCGCUAUUUACAAAACUGCAGUCUGCAAAGAGAAGACUCGUGCCCAAUAGAACAAUGCAAGGCGAUUUGAUAUCUGCGAUCGUUGUCUCUUUUGAUAUUAUCGCUCGAUUUUGCAAAAAAAAUAAAUGGAGGAAAAACAUGAUCGUCCUUACUGGCGCCCGAGGGACCAUCGACUUUAGCGAUUCUUCAGGAAUAGCAGAGCAAAUGGUGCAGCACGAAGUUCACUUAAGCUUGUUAGGAGUUGAUUUCGAUGAUCCAGGAACACAAACUUUCGAACAUUCCAAAGACCCGGAGAAGAAAGAGAACGAGUCGCAGUUAAAGCAUUUUGUCGAUAGCUGUAAAGGAACAGUCCUUACUUUCCAAGAAGCGGAAAGAAUCCUAGGAGGACCCUGUAUGCAUCGGGUUCGACCUAUUGCUGUAUUUAAAGGAUCAUUAACCAUUGGCAGUGAAGGGGACAACGAAAAUUCUGUAAGUAUGCAUGUUGAACGUUAUCCGAGGACUCGUUUAACAAAACCUCCUACCUCAAGUGCCUUUAAUGCGAGUUUGAAGCAACCUAAAGAAGAGGAAAAUCAAGAGCAAUUCUCAUCUUCGCAGGAAAAACCGUGGGAAUCGAAUGCCGUAUCCACAGUUCGUUCUUAUGUUGUUCGAGAUUCACAAACAACUGAGGCUUUUGAAGUGGAUAGAAAAGAUUUGGAAAGUGGCUAUAGCUAUGGGCGUACAAUUGUACCUAUAAGUCGUUCUGAUGAAGACAUUUUGGCGUUGGAAACAAAAGCAGGCUAUGAAAUUCUGGGAUUUAUACCUAAAGCAAGUCUUCCGUUCUACUAUACCAUUAGUGAUUCAAAUAUAAUUAUUCCUAGAGGAGAUGAGGGAAAUAAACAAAAAUUUUCCUCUCUUGUGCAAUCUUUAGAACGUGAACACAGAUAUGCAUUAGCAAGGUUUGUUUCGAAAGAAAAAGGUGCUCCUACUCUACUUGUACUUAUGCCUUUUGUUGAAUCAAAAAAACACUACCUCGUAGAUGUUCAACUGCCCUUCGCAGAAGAUGUACGACCAUAUCAAUUUCCAGACCUCGAAGAAGUGUCUAACCCUGAUGAAAAGCAUCAGUUAGACGAAGCUAUAAAUCAUUAUGUUGAUAAUAUGGAUUUAGAUUCCCCCGAGUGCCCUUUUCAACCAAAAUUCGAACCCGAAAACACAUAUAGUGCUGUACCUCAUCGACUUUUGCAGGCGAUUUCUCAUUACGCUGAGUCUCCAAAUAAACAAUUGCCCUCUCCACCGGAGUAUGUUGUUCGGUAUACUAGUCCUCCAGAUAAUAUGCUUGAUAAGUGCUCUAAGGAUUUAGACACGGUUUCUGAAAAAUUGUCUAUUAUACAGCCUUUGGAGCCCAAGUAUGCUUCGCAGGAAACAGCACUGGACAGCGGCGCCCCUAUUUCUGAGCAAGAAAUUGAUGAGCUAUUAAAUGCCGGUAUUGAAGAACAAGAAGAUAAAACAUUAGUCCUGCAUGUUAGCGAAAAGGACCCUGUGGCAACGUUUAAGGAAAUAUUAAAAAAUCCUUUUGGAUUGGAGGAUGCUCUUUCUGAAAUGGAGGGCGUGGUUCGAAGGCUCAUUGCAAAGGAAGACAUCAACUUAGCAUUGCAGUCUUUAAAAGCUUUGCGUCUCCAUUCGAUAUUGGAGGAUGAAGCAGAUCGUUAUAAUAAGUAUAUUACACAAUUACAAACAGAUGUGUCGGAAGGUGUUUUGCCAAAGAACGAAGAUGUUCUGUCUCGGAUUAUUUCUUCAGGUCUCGCUUCAAUUCAGCAUGAAGAGCUUACAAAGCCUCGCUUUCCGGAAUCAAGUGAGUAACCCAAGUAACCCUCUUACUUUUCUAAAUUAAUGAAUAGGAAAGCCAUAACCUGAGAUGUUAACGAAGUUUAAUUGGUUUUUAUUUAGUUAGUGAGUUUGAAGUUAAAGAUGCAAGAAAGCCCUGAGUAAAUGAUAGUUUAAUUUCUUAGGAGACCUUGUAAGGAACACACUAACCAGAAAACUGACAGCUUCUUAUAGAAUUUCUAAUUCUAGAAACAUUAAAGAUGAUCUGGUAGAAAUGUAUUCUAUUUGAAGACCUGAUAAUUCUGUUUGAGAGAUUUGUUUAUUACUGUAUGCUCAUUGCAUAUCGUUAUUCGAAGGAUUGG